AUGAAUAAUACCUAACUUACAUUGUUGAACGACAACACUAAAAUUGAUAGCAAUGCUUCACCACAAAACAAUAAGAGUGAGUAUAAUUCACCUGAAAGAAUGAGUAAACUCAGCCUUAAAUUGCAUAAUCUAUAAAACAUCAACCCAAACAUUGCAGCAGUUUAACGGAAUGCAACAAUUUAAACAAAUCAUAGCAGUAUGAAAUUUGAUAAUGAUAACACUAAUCACAUGAAUAAAACGGCAAAGAGCAAUCAAAAUGCGAUGUAAAAUAAUCUUCAUCCUAAAACGAAUCUCAGAAAAGAUUCUGAUUAAACUUAAAACAGCUAAAUACACAAAGAAAAAUAAGGUGGUAGUUAAUUGAAUAGAUUUGCAAAUUAUAGACAUAACAUCAUUUAAGAUAGUGGGCAAUAAAAUGAGUAUUAGGACGAUUUCUUGGAAGAAGAUCUAAUUAAGAAAUACUUUUUUCACAGCGACUACUGGCAGACAAUAAAGAAAAAGCAGUAGUUUUUGAAUCUUAAGAGAGAGGGCAUGAAAACUUAAGUUCAAAGCCCCAUUAACAUUGAACGAAUGAUUUAAGAGACCAGGCUGCCAGAGCUUUAAAAAAUUAAAAGUAAAUAAAGGAGAAUAAAGAAAGGGGAGACUGAAUCAAACUAUCGAUUCUCACUAGAAUCUUAAAAUUGGUAUAAUGAAGUAGAUAUGCAAAACAAAUCUCUAGAGAAUCAUGUAGAUGGAGAAAUCUUUAUCCCUAAGACACUGUUAGAUGAGUCAGUAUUGUAAAGCCACUAUAAUUAAUAGAAUCAGAAAAAUGAACCAAAGGCAUUGCAAUCUGCCCAGAAUAGAAGAUCUUCACAUUAAUCCUAGAGAGCAAAGGCUUAAGAAACUCCAUAAGAAUCUUAAAUAAAUAAAAGUCUGCUCGAGAUUGAAUAAAGAUUAGGAUUGAAAAAGAAAAACCCCCUUGAGGAAAUCAAUCAGAUGGUUAAUAUUCGCUAAACUGAGUAAAACAUUGACUUACUCCAAAAAGAAAUCGUUCAUCUUAAUAAUGAAAAACCUUUUAAAAUUUCCCAGAGUAGUAAAAGAUAGCAAUCUACAAUCAUGAAAGGAGCUGAAAGGUAUAUAAUAUCUCCAAGCUAGGAUAGUUAAAUCCAUAUAGAUCCAACUAAUAGAUCAAUAUUUCUAGAUUAUUCUUAAAGACGAUAAAACUCAGAUGAAUCUUAAAGAAUUUAAAGGGGAACUGGAUAAGUAAAGACCAAAGAUAGAUUUUCAGCUAAAGUAAAUGAAUUUUAAAAUUUCUCUCAAGGAUUCACCAUUGGGGAAUCAGUUCUUCUUUAAAGCAAAGAUUUAAGGAAAAGUGGUAUUAAGGGUGGCCACAACUAAGUAUUAAAUUAGCAUUCAGUACAGUUAAGAGACCCAAUCUUAGAGUAGGGAGUUAGACUUUCUAGGAAAUAUUAAUCAGUUAACACAAGCAUGAAGAUCUCACCUGUAAAAUAAUCUAUUGAUAGAAAUUAUGAUUCAUAGCUUGAUUCACCAAUAUCUAUUAAGAGAGAUUUAUUAAAUAGAACAUUAUAAUCAACAAAGAUGAGCUAAGAUCAGUAUAGUAUUAGCAAUAGACUACCUUCAUAGAUGUCUAAUAAGUGUCACGGCCUAAAAGUAUUUGAAACUAAAACAGAUAAGUAAAAACUUAUUGAGAGACUUUUCGAUCAUCCUAAGGAGCUAGUCCUUAAUAAAGCAAAAUCUCUGCAUCAUGAAUAAUAAGAGGAGGAGGAAUUGAUCCAAAAAUAAGAAUAGAAAGUGAAGGAAGAAGUCAAGCAUUUACUUUUAGGAAUUUUAGACUAAAGCUUAACUCCUAGGACAAGCUCGGUACCCUUGAGAAAUCCAGAAAAAGCAGCCAGUCCUACAAUGUAGUUUUAGCCUAUGUACAAUAAAAAUACACCUAAUUUUCUUCAGCUUAUUACUUAGAUAGAUAAAAAAGGAAAUCCUCAUUUUGCAGAUGAAAAUUAGUUCUAGCAAAUAUAGUCUCUUUUUAAUAAGUGGUAUAACUAUAAAGAGCCAGAUAUCUAAGGCAAAGGCAAGAAUGGUAAGAAAGGAUCAAAAGAUGAUGGAGAUGGGAAUGAGUCUUUCUAAUCGUUUUUGGAUUCAGAUUUUAUUGAUGAGGAAAAGCUUUUGAAAGUUGGUUCUGACAGUCUUGACAAUGCUAAAUUUGGCCUUUAUAAUAAAUACCUUAACGUACUUCUCUUAAAGACAGGAGAUCCUUUUGUUGCAUAAUAGUAUUAAAAGUAUCUUAGAAUUAAGAGAAAAGGUCAUGAGCAGAAAAAGUAGAAUUUCUAUUAAAGAAUGCAAAAAGAUAUAUCAAAGAGAAAGUAAGAGGACUCAUAGAGUCAUAUGUUUCUAAUGAAUGAUCAGAAAAGAAACACGAUAUUGAGGUUUGGAACCAACAUUACAAACAACAGUGGUAUAUUUAGUCAAAGAAAUAGUAACAAAGGAGAUUCAACUCCUGUUAAGCAUCUAGCAGCCAGGGGUUCUUUUCUUGGCUUCAGUAGGUAACAAGCUAAUCAACUCUCUAAUAUAAAGGAGCAGCUAUUGAAAUCAAAAGAUUCGCAUGAAUAUAUCCUUCAUGAUGUCCCUGAGAACACCACUGAAGAGUUCGAUAAUAUGGAUAACUCCUCAAGGUCUAAAAGCAGUGUCCCAAGAAUAAACUUCCCUAGUCCGAAUCAUGGAUCAUCAUAAUAAGUCCCAAACAUGAAACCAAGAAUGAGCAGACUGGUAAAUAAAAAUGCCAGUGCUUUAGUUCAAAACCCAUUUGGAUUUAAAAUGUUUAACAAAGCAGGAACACUAAUUGGUAUGAGAUCUAAUAAAAAGAGUCUAAAUCUUAUAGACAAAAAAAUCCAAGAGAUGGAAAAAGAAGUCACAAGUUCUUUAGUUAAUAAUGACAGGCUGAGUAUAAUAAGACAAACACCAGUCAAUUUCAACUUUGGAAGUCUAUGA